UUCUUUUGGGCUAAAAAAACCUAACUUCCCUGAGCUUAAACCCUCGUUCCCUGUCAAACCCAUAGUUGUUUCUUUGAAUUGUAGAAAAAAAACAGCCUUUGGUACUUUUUGGGGGCUCAAAACCCUAGCAUUCCCUGUGAAACCCAUAGCAGUUUUCCUUGCAUUGAAGAAGAAAAAGAACAGCCUUUGGUACUAGAAACCAGUGCUGCAAUAUGGAAUCAUCACAAGCUCGGGGGGUUUUAACGAAGCUGAUGAAGGUUUUAACUUUGAAGCCCCAUCACCCCGUUUCAAGGGCAGCACCUUCGUCAUGUGUCUUGCAAAUGCGCCUUUUCAGCGAUAUAAAACGACCCAUCACAGAAAAUGAAUCCAUCAGGAGCAAUGAGGAUGAUGAUGGGGCUACCCAACAUAUUCCCAAACGACCCUUAAGCGGUCGAAGGCCUUUCAAUCCGUCUUUUAGAGAAACCGAAGGAGCCAGCUUUGAUCGUAAUGGUUCCUCGUUUCAAUCCCCUAAUGCCAAAUUUGCUCCUGAUCCUACAAAGAAGAGAGAAGGUUCUCAAUCUGAUGUUAACUUCUUGGAAAAAUUCAAGCUUGGGCUUGAAAACAAGAGAGAAAGAGUACCCUCUGAGUCAGAAGCAAUGCAUAGAAAAGAGCAUGAAGAAAAGCUUUCCCCACCAGAGGAUGCUGAUGAGAUUUUCAAGAAAAUGAAAGAGACAGGUCUUAUACCCAAUGCUGUAGCCAUGCUUGAUGGUCUAUGUAAAGAUGGGCUUAUCCAAGAAGCAAUGAAGCUUUUUGGAUUAAUGAGGGAAAAGGGUACAAUCCCGGAAGUUGUAAUAUACACAGCUGUUGUUGAUGGCUUCUGCAAAGCACACAAGCUUGAGGAUGCAAAGAGAAUUUUCAGGAAGAUGCAAUCAAAAGGUGUGAUCCCCAAUGCUUUUAGUUAUACUGUUUUGAUUCAAGGAUUGUAUAAAUGUAAGCACUUGGAUGAUGCCGUUGAGUUUUGUUUGGAAAUGGUUGAAGCUGGACAUUCUCCAAAUGUCACCACAUUUGUGGGCUUGGUUGAUGGAUUGUGCAAGGAGAAGAGUGUGGAAGAAGCAGUGAAUGCUAUUGGAACCUUAAAACAAAAGGGAUUUCUGGUUAAUGAUAAAGCUGUUAGACAGUUUCUGGAUAAGAAGGCUCCUUUUUCACCUUUAGUUUGGGAAGCAAUAUUUGGGAAGAAAACCUCUCAGAAAGCAUUCUAAGUUUUUUUUUUUUUUUGUUAGGCUUCUAAAAUUUGUAAGUCUCUUUGUCCUGCCCCUUUUUUCUUGGCUUACUGUUAUUUAAUUACAUCUAUUAUAUGGAAGAUUCUUAGAAUUUAUGAAUGGAUGUUACCUCUUCUUUUCUUUAUACAGCUUCUCAUGUUUGUAUUUUGCUGCCCGAAUGUGUUGGUUGGUAUGUUUUUGAACUGUUACGUGCAUGAUAGAUCAAUACAAUUAGCGAUGGUGCCAUUUUCUUUUUCUUAUUUGAGUAGCUCUUACACAAAACUGAUGCUAUGUUGUAUCAUUACUAAAAUUAGAUUAGAAUAUAUGCGGCAAAAUGAUUUGAUAAAUGAGUUAGCCUUCAACUGCAAGAAGAGAAAACAAAAGGAAAGGGGAACAUGGAAAUCAUCAUGAUUUGUUUUUGGCUAUUUUAGCAUGUAAUGACAUUGACAAAGAUGGAACCAUUCUCCAGAUGCAAUUUGCCAGAUUCUUUUGAAUCGAAAAUCUCUAUGUAGAUUUUUCAUUUCAUAUCAGUUGUUCCAUUGAUAGGAAUGUCUAAGUAAGGCCAUUCACUUUGGAAUUAUGUUCACUGUUUAAGCUAUGGAAGCCAUUGCAGAUAGAGAUCCUAUUUGUUGGUCCUUAUCUUCCUUCAUGAUAGCACUUCUACCUUAUACCUGCAUAGGCAUCUGGUACAGUUUUUGCAAGUGCUGUUGAUCUAAUUAGAUGAAAGUUGUUUUUCACAAGUUAUUGUUUCUGUUUACGAUAUUCGAGGUUGCCAAGGUUUGAUCUCUGGCCACGGGAACCAAGAGUCCUACACUCUACCAAUAGACCACUGGCCACUUGGCCAUUGGCCACAAGUCAUCAUUUUUUCGGUCAAGCCUCCUGUCUUCAAAUGGGCAUUCCUCAAUAUCUUUUUUGAUAAUUUCAGGUAAACUAAUUUCUCAUAUUAUUCAUUUUUUAAACAAAUAUCUACGUUAUUCUGCAUUAUCAUAUAUUAAGGUUUUGUGGAUAGAAUGCCAAGAAUGACAGCAAUGCUAGAGGUAACAGGAGCUAUGGAAGAUGGCUUAGCUAUUAGCAUAUAUAUAUUUUUAAAUGACAAGAACUUUCUGAAGAUUCAGGGUUAAUAAGCUAUUAGCAGAUGGUUUAGUGUUGUUUUCUUUAAUUGAUUCUCAUGUUUAACUGUACGGGUCUUGAAUAUGAUCAGAUAGGAAGCUAAUGCAUCAUUUUUUGGUGAAGAGUAUAGGAUUUGGGUAAAAGAUAGUAAAAAAGGGGUUGAUUGCAACUCAUAUGAACAAUUUCUUUUUCAUUAAGCAAAAUUCCACAGCACUUCAUUUAUUCAGUAUACAUCCUCUGGUGUCAAGUCAAACUUUAUUUAUUCAGUAUACAACUCUGGUUCCAAGUCAAACUCAUGCUGAAAGCUUCAAUAUGAAGUGUUUUGCCAUGAGGCUCCAAGUAAACUGACUUCAAGAUAUGGCAUCGAUCAACCUAUCACUUUUGUCUCCAAGCCGGAACAGUCUAUAUGUUAAUAGGGACUAUUUAUCGAUCUUUAGUAAUCAGCAAGUGUACUGCCACCUACCUAGCUUCACCUUGAGUAGCACUUGGGCACUUGGGAAGCAUCUUGUUUGUUGAUGUAGUGCAAUGCCCCAUUGUAAGAGCUUAUACCUGUUUAUUCAAUGAACACGAGUAAGAAGAGUAGAAUCUAUGGAUCAUUCUUUCUGAAAAUAUUGCAGGCAAGGUUAAUCUACUGUGAAGAUUGCUACAUAAUACGCAUGACAAUGCAUGUUGAUAGUUUUUAGAGCUUAGAGACUCUUUAAUGAACCUUUAGAAAACAUCCAUGUCAUUAGAGUUAACAAGCAUUCCAUCAUCUUCCCACUUCACAUCUUUGGUAUUUGUAGUAUCUUUCUUGAUUAAUUGAAGAGGUACCUCCAAUGGCGGUGGGCUCUACAGGUAAAAUAGCAACCACUACAAUGUAUCAGAAGAAGCAGCGACAGAGUAGCUUCCAAAGAGUUAAAAACAACUUCUGACCAUUUGGAUUUGGUUUCAGUUCUCUAAUGUAGAAGUUUUAUUACCGUGCAGCGUAUAAGAGACCAAUUAAUGCCGUGGAAGAAAGGGUGUUGUUUAAUUUCAGCAGCACCAGCUCUUGACCCUAAACGGCUGGAGGGGUCUCGGUUCAACAAUGCAUUAAUCAACUGCCUAGCUGCAAGACUAACCUGCAUAUCAUUUCAGCAGCAGAGAAACGUACUGGAAUGCUACUUGGGAAGGUGAGUUCUUUGUUCAAGAUGUUGGAGAAAGUCUUCUGCCUGUUUUUACCUCGGAAAGGCGUUCGGCCAUAGAGCAUCUCAUACAGCAAAAUACCUAAAUUCCGAUUAUAAAUCCAGAUUCCUCUUUGAAAAAUUUCAGAGGUUGCUUAUCAAGCAGGUUAAACAACUCUCCACCAGGGCAAAAGUCUGUUAUCAAACAAACAUGUGUGGGAAUCUGAGGAGAUAAGAAGACAUUAGUACGCACUUUAAUUUGUUUUGAGCAAUAAUUCAAGGUUCCAAACAAGAAAGAAAGAUUUGAUUCUAGCAUCAACGUAGCAGUUAGCAUGUUAAAUACCAUUAUUAGCAAUUAUAAAAUGGUUAAUAGGAACAUAUAAUUAUGACUUUGAACUUAUAGAUGGCUACUUUAAUAUAAUAGCAGCUACUGAUCAAUCAAUUCAUAGAUAAGCUGACUCCUAUGUAUUCACUUAAGCAUUUCAUAAAGGGUUUUUUUUAGUAAAA